GAGGAAUCAGAGAGAGGAGGGCAGCAGGAGGAUCCACCCAACGCCAGCGGACCAACCAUGACCUCCAACACUGACAAUCGCCAAGACGGUAUUUAAUUUGAAACUCCAAGGCCCUAUUUAGUCAGAACAGGACCUGUAUUCAUAAAAUGUCUGAGUAGGACUGCUCGUCUGGUAUCAGUUUCUCCAUAUGAGUAGGAGCACUGAUCUGGUCUUUUAGAUCAUAAGGAAUAUGUUUAUAUGGACAGGAGACCUGACGCUAGAUUAGUACUCCUACUUUGAGAAGCUUUAUAAUUAUGGGCCCUGGGCUACGUUCAACAGGGCACAACGUUGUGGAACGUGCAGAUAGCAGUAUACAGUGCAUUCAGAAAGUGUUCAGACCCCUUGACUUUUUCCACAUUUUGUUACGUUACAGCCUUAUUCUAAAAUGGAUGAAGUAUACUUUUUUCCUCAUCAAUCUACACACAAUAGCCCAUAAUGACGAAGCGAAAACAGGUUUUUAGAAAUGUAAAAAAUAUACCUUAUUAACAUAAGUAUUCAGACCCUUUGCUACGAGACUUGAAAUUGAGCUCAGGUGCAUCCUGUUUCUAUUGAUCAUCCUUGAUGUUUCUAUAAUUUGAUUGGAGUCCACCUGUGGUAAAUUCAAUUGAUUGGACAUGAUUUGGAAAGGCACACACCUGUCUAUAUAAGGUCCCACAGUUGACAGUGCAUGUCAGAGCAAAGACCAAGCCAUGAGGUCGAAGGAAUUGUCCGUAGAGCUCCGAGACAGGAUUGUGUCGAGGCACAUAUCUGGGGAAGGGUACCAAAACAUUUCUGCAGCAUUGAAGGUCCCCAGGAACACAGUGGCCUCCAUCAUUCUUAAAUGGAAGAAGUUCAGAACCACCAAGACUCUUCCUAGAGCUGGCCGCCCGGCCAAACUGAGCAAUCGAGGGAGAAGGGCCUUGGUCAGGGAGGUGACCAAGAACCCGAUGGUCACUCUGACAGAGCUCCAGAGUUCCUCUGUAGAGAUGGGAGAACCUUCCAGAAGGUUAACCAUCUCUGCAGCACUCCACCAAUCAGGCCUUAAUGGUAGAGUGGCCAGAUGGAAACCACUCCUCAGUAAAAGGCACAUGACAGCCCGCUUGGAGUUUGCCAAAAGGCACCUAAAGGACUCUGACCAUGAGAAACAAGAUUCUCUGGUCUGAUGAAACCAAGAUUUAAACUCUUUGGCCUGAAUGCCAAGCGUCAAACCUGGCACCAUCCCUACGGUGAAGCAUAGUGGUGGUUGCAGCAUAAUUUUGUGGGUAUGUGUUUCAGUGGCAGGGACUGGGAGACUAGUCAGGAUCGAGAGAAAGAUGAACGGAGCAAAGUACAGAGAGAUCCUUGUUGAAAACCUCCCCCAGAGUGCUCAGGACCUCAGACUGGGGCGAAGGUUCACCUUCCAACAGGACAACGACCCUAAGCACACAGCCAAGACAACGCAGGAAUGGCUUCGGGGCAAGUCUCUGAAUGUCCUUGAGUGGCCCAGCCAGAGCCCAGACUUGAACCCGAUCGAACAUCUCUGGAGAGACCUGAAAAUAGCUGUGCAGCGACGCUCCCCAUCCAACCUGACAGAGCUUGAGAGGAUCUGCAGAGAGGAAUGGGAGAAACUCCCCAAAUACAGGUGUGCCAAGCUUGUAGCGUAAUACUCAAGAAGACUCGAGGCUGUAAUCGCUGCCAAAGGUGCCAACAAAGUAAAGGGUCUGAAUACUUAUGUACAUGUCAUAUUUCAGUUUUGUAUUUUUAAUACAUUUGCUAAAAUAAAAUAGUAACUGUUUUUGCUUUGUCAUUAUGGGGUAUUGUGUGUAGAUUGAUGAGGGGGGAAAAAACGAUAUAAUCCAUUUUAGAAAAAGGCUGUAACGUAACAAAAUGUUAAAUGUCAAGGGGUCUGAAUACUUUUCCAAAUGCACUGUAUUAUGUAGGACAAAAAUUAUUCUCUGACAUGUAGAAGAAGGAAUGAGAUCCGGUCUAUUCAUUUCUACCCACAGCAUUUGCCUAGUGAACAUAUCCAGGAAACUCAUGUACAGAGUGAUUUUUAGUAGGAUCACAACAUUUUUCCACAUAUGGAGGAUAUUUUCUCAGUCUUUCAUGACUUUCCAUGCAGUGUUUUCUUUGGAUGAGAAGUAGCCAAUAAGUGUAUUGUUUGUGGAUGAUCAUUAGCUAACAACAAUAACACUGUGCUUUUGUUUGUGUCAACAAACCAGGGCCCAGCCUAGCAGACUGAUUAUGGUUAUGUCUCGGGUCCUUCUGUGGGGAUUCUGUGUAGUACAACAUGCUACCUACACACAGCCAAGACUAAUGUAGCAGAAUCUGUCUUAAUUAAGACAUUCUUCAGACUGGGGGAUUUUUGUAUUUUUUGUGAUUUGAAUUGAGGUAUUAUUGAAGUUGCCCUUUGUGCCCAUGUAACUGUAGUAGCAACACUUGUAGUUACCUGGCAGCUUAAUGCAGACUGGCUGUGUGUCCCCGUAUUGCAGGCCCAGGUCCAGGCCCAGGCCCAGGCCCAGGUCCAGUUCUCUCCAGGAUAUCAGCGAGCACCUCUGAGGCAGAUGUUCUCUGUCCUGCUCCACCUCUUCCCUCCGGACCUGAUUCUCAGUACGAGAGAAUUGGAGGUCGAACUGGGACUUCGUAAGGAUGAUUUUAUGUUACAUGCAUAAAUGUUUUCAUUCCAGCUCUUCAUCAUACAAAAUCAAAGAGCGCAACUCUAUUGUAUUGAAAUGGUCACUUUUUUUAUUUAUUUACAAAGUAAAUCCCUAGCAGCAAAGUUUCCAUCCUGAGACCUUCCUCAGGCCGAAUACAAAGAGCUGGUUAUAUGAGAGCGUGUGAGAGCCUGCGUUCAUAAUUGUUUGAUGCCAUUAUUGCAUUAUUGAGUGAUGUGAUUUGACACUGAUCAUGUUUUAUUUGUUAUGUUUUUGUAGUUUUUUCCAGACCCUGAUCCACCUCUUGAAGGGGAACAUCGGAACAGGGCUGCUAGGCCUACCUCUGGCUGUCCGGAACGCAGGCCUUGUGGUAAGGGUUAGGGUUAGGAGGGGAACAUCGGUACCUCUGGCUGUCCGGAACGCAGGCCUUGUGGUAAGGGUUAGGGUUAGGAGGGGAACAUCGGUACCUCUGGCUGUCCGGAACGCAGGCCUUGUGGUAAGGGUUAGGGUUAGGAGGGGAACAUCGGUACCUCUGGCUGUCCGGAACGCAGGCCUUGUGGUAAGGGUUAGGGUUAGGAGGGGAACAUCGGUACCCCUGGCUGUCCGGAACGCAGGCCUUGUGAUAAGGGUUAGGGUUAGGAGGGGAACAUCGGUACCCCUGGCUGUCCGGAACGCAGGCCUUGUGGUAAGGGUUAGGGUUAGGAGGGGAACAUCGGUACCUCUGGCUGUCCGGAACGCAGGCCUUGUGGUAAGGGUUAGGGUUAGGAGGGGAACAUCGGUACCUCUGGCUGUCCGGAACGCAGGCCUUGUGGUUAGGGUUAGGAGGGGAACAUCGGUACCUCUGGCUGUCCGGAACGCAGGCCUUGUGGUAAGGGUUAGGGUUAGGAGGGGAACAUCGGUACCUCUGGCUGUCCGGAACGCAGGCCUUGUGGUAAGGGUUAGGGUUAGGAGGGGAACAUCGGUACCUCUGGCUGUCCGGAACGCAGGCCUUGUGGUAAGGGUUAGGGUUAGGAGGGGAACAUCGGUACCUCUGGCUGUCCGGAACGCAGGCCUUGUGGUAAGGGUUAGGGUUAGGAGGGGAACAUCGGUACCUCUGGCUGUCCGGAACGCAGGCCUUGGUGGUUAGGGUUAGGAGGGGAACAUCGGUACCCUGGCUGUCCGGAACGCAGGCCUUGUGGUAAGGGUUAGGGUUAGGAGGGGAACAUCGGUACCUCUGGCUGUCCGGAACGCAGGCCUUGUGGUAAGGGUUAGGGUUAGGAGGGGAAACAUCGGUACCUCUGGCUGUCCGGAACGCAGGCCUUGUGGUUAGGGUUAGGAGGGGAACAUCGGUACCUCUGGCUGUCCGGAUAGCAGGCCUUGUGAAUAGGAAACAGUUACCAAUGAAGUGACCACAUAACUGAUAACCAAAUACCUGUUCAAGCAGACUCGGGCCUAGAACAGUCACUCUGCCCAAACCACCAUUUUAUUUAAUUGUUCAAAACCUUUAUCAUUAUUUAAACAAUCUUACUUUGAUCUGUUCUAGAUGUCCGUGGCUAAUACAUUUAUUCUGCAAGUGCAGUGCGAGGGGAAUGAAAUAAUCACAAUGUGACUAUACCCAAUAAGACUGUCUUCUCUCUUCCUUUCCAGUUAGGGCCUCUGAGUCUGUUUGCCAUGGGGAUAAUAGCAGUCCACUGUAUGAACCUGCUUGUAAAAUGUUCCCACCACCUCAGUGCAAAGUAAGUGGAGCCUUCUCACACCGUUUGUCUGCAGCACCUCUCAGUUGUUCCAUAAACAGAUCCUAUUGUUGUGGAUGCUGUUGUACAACUAGUUUGAGUUACGCAUCAAGAAGAGAAGUACAGUACUUUCACAUUAUACACUUCCUUUUUUUGUAUUUGAUGUCUGAGGAAAUCUCUCACGUUGUCCUGGAAACGGGAAUGGUUAAAUGUGUUCAGUUCAUAGAUUAGCCUAAGUCAAAGUCACCACAAUGCAGCUAUGCCAUCAAGCCUAGUAUUGGAUAAAGAAGGACUGUUUAAUGAAACAAACCAAGCCAGUCAUCAGUCCACUGUCUUCUAGUAGCACCCUUAGGGUGUGUUCAGACUACAAGGUAUGUUGUUGAUCUGGUGCGGUUAGUUUCCAUUGUAGGAGAAGUGAAAACCUUUUGUAUUUCGUAAUACAAGCAAACCAAACCUAAUGAGCACGACGUUAAUGCACCCUACGUUUCAUUGCUGUAGCAUACUCUACAUCCAUUGUUCACAACCCUGUUCUCUAUUAGACGAUCCAACAUGGGUUAGUAAUGUCCCCUACCACUGUCAUGACAGGAACAUGUCUGUCAGAUUCCUCACAUCAGCUGAAGUAAUAGUGUCACAUUUAGUGAACAUGGGGUAAACGCCAUGUAUGGUCAUUUUGUUGACGGGGUGUUUUCAAGUUAUAUGGUCGUUGAGAUCUGGGCCCGUAUGGUCGUUGAGAUCUGGGCCCGUAUGGCCGUUGAGAUCUGGGCCCGUAUGGUCGUUGAGAUCUGGCCCGUAUGGUCGUUGAGAUCUGGGCCCGUAUGGUCGUUGAGAUCUGGGCCCGUAUGGUCGUUGAGAUCUGGGCCCGUAUGGUCGUUGAGAUCUGGGCCCGUAUGGUCGUUGAGAUCUGGGCCCGUAUGGUCGUUGAGAUCUGGGCCCGUAUGGUCGUUGAGAUCUGGGCCCGUAUGGUCGUUGAGAUCUGGGCCCGUAUGGUCGUUGAGAUCUGGGCCCGUAUGGUCGUUGAGAUCUGGGCCCGUAUGGUCGUUGAGAUCUGGGCCCGUAUGGUCGUUGAGAUCUGGGCCCGUAUGGUCGUUGAGAUCUGGGCCCGUAUGGUCGUUGAGAUCUGGGCCCGUAUGGUCGUUGAGAUCUGGCCCGUAUGGUCGUUGAGAUCUGGGCCCGUAUGGUCGUUGAGAUCUGGGCCCGUAUGGUCGUUGAGAUCUGGCCCGUAUUCAGUUUAGCCUUUUAGACCGUAAUGAAUAAGAUUACAUGGACAGGGUAGAUCCUAGAUCCGCACUCCUACCCUGAGGCUCUGUGAAUCCGGGCCCUGAGUGAUGUUUCAUUUGUUCUAGGGUGAACAAGCCCUUUCUGAGUGAUGUUCCCUCUGUUCUAGGUUGAACAAGCCCUUUCUGAAUGAUGUUCCCUCUGUUCAAGGGUGAACAAGCCCUUUCUGAGUGAUGUUCUAGGUUGAACAAGCCCUUUCUGAGUGAUGUCCCCUCUGUUCAAGGUUGAAACAAGCCCUUUCUGAGUGAUGUCCCCUCUGUUCAAGGUUGAACAAGCCCUUUCUGAGUGAUGUUCCCUCUGUUCAAGGUUGAACAAGCCCUUUCUGGACUAUGGUGAUGCUGUGCAGUAUGGUAUGGAGAAUGUCUCGUGGCUGAGAAGGCACUCAAUAUGGGGGAGGUAAAUAUUUAUAUAAGUAUGUAAGUAAGAAUGUGUGUACAGUAGAAUGUGGGUACAGUAGAAUGUGGGUACAGUAGAAUGUGGGUACAGUAGAAUGUGGGUACAGUAGAAUGUGGGUACAGUAGAAUGUGGGUACAGUAGAAUGUGGGUACAGUAGAAUGUGGGUACAGUAGAAUGUGGGUACAGUAGAAUGUGUGUACAGUAGAAUGUGGGUACAGUAGAAGAACCUACAGGAAGGUUAUGAAUCAUGAAAUGUGUUCUUUAAUAGCAAGUCAAACUCCCUCUUCUAUAUUAUGACUUGUGUUUUGACCUUUAUUCAUUAAGAGUUUUCAACUCCUCACGGUGUUUGGUGUAAUAUCUGGCAUGUGUUUCCAGUCCCCUUUAAUGUUUAGAACAGAUGUUGAUUUGUGUCCUUGUCCCUGUCUUCCUUCAGGCGGAUAGUGAACGUGUUUCUGAUCAUCACCCAGCUGGGUUUCUGCUGCGUUUACUUCGUCUUUCUCAGUGACAACAUCAAACAGGUAGGGGUCAUGUCGUCAUGUUGGCUAGUACUGUUUCACACCACUAGGUGGUACUGUUGGCUAGUACUGUGGUACUGUUGGCUGGUACUGUGGUACUGUUGGCUGGUACUGUUGGCUGGUACUGUGGUACUGUUGGCUGGUACUGUGGUAUGUUGGCUGGUACUGUUGGCUAGUACUGUGGUACUGUUGGCUGGUACUGUGGUACGUUGGGAAAUGUGGUAUGUUGGCUGGUACGGGGUAUUUUGGGGGUACGUGGACUUUUUGGUGUAGGGGUACUGUUUAACACCACGGGGGUGGUACUGGGGUAUGUUGCGGGUACUUUGGUGGUACGUUGGGUGGUACGUGGUAUUUUGGGUGGACUGGGGUACGGUUGGUGGUACUGGGGUACUUUUGGCUGGUACUUUUUUACUUUUGGCUGGUACGUUGGGGGUGGUACUGGGGUUUACUUUUGGCUGGUAGUGGUACUGUUGGCUGGUAUGUGGUACUGUUGGCUAGUUUUGUGGUACGUUGGUGGACUGGGGGUAUGUUGGUGAGUGGUACUUUUGGCUAUACUGUGGGGUACUGUGGUACGUUGGCUGGUACUGGGGUACUGUUUGGUACUGUGGGACUUUGGUAGUACUGGGGUACUUUGGGCUGGUACUGGGGGUAUGUGGCUGUAGUGGUAUUUUUGGCUGGUACUGUGGUACUUUUGGCUAGUACUGUGGUACUUUUGGGCGGGUACGUGAUUUUUGGUGGUACUGGGGUACUUUUGGCGGGUAUGGGGGUUACGUUGGCUGGUACUGUGUCUGUUGGCUAGUACUGGGGUACUUUUUGGCUGGAAAUGGGGUAUUUUGGGCGGGACGUGGAUGUUGGCUAGUAGGGGUACUUGGCUAGAAAGGUGGUACUUUGGUAUCUGUUGGCUAGUACGGGGGGACUUUGGCUGGUCUGUGGUAUGUUGGUUGGGAGGGGGGGGGAUUUUUUGGCUGGUUAUGUGGUUUGUGGCUAGUAUGUGGAAUUUUGGCGGUAUUUUGGGGUUUUUGGCUGGUAGUGGUAUUUUUGGCUAUAUGUGGUAUUUUGGCUGGGUACUGUGGUAUGUGGGGGGUACUGGCGUUGGUGGUCUUGGAAAUGUUGGCUAGUACUGUGGAAUUUUUGGUGGGUCUUUUGGUUUGGAUGUGGUACUUUUGGGUAUACUGGGGUACUGUUGGCUUUUUCUGGGUACUUUUGGGCUGUAUGGGGUAGUUGGCGGGGGCUUGGUUGUUGGCAGUAGUGGUAGUUGGCGGGUACGUGGUAUGUUGGUGGACUGUGGAGUUGGCUAGUACUGUGGUACUUUUGGCGGGUUUACUUUUGGUUGUAUGAUGGCUGGUACUGUGGUAGUGGCUGGUACUGUGGUACUUUUGGCGGGUAGGUGGCGGGUACUGUGGUAUUUUUGGCGGGUACUGGGGUAUUUUGGUAUAUGGGGUUUACGUUCUUGUCUGUGGUAUGUUGCUGGACUGGGGUCUGUUUCACACCACUGGGUGGAUUUUGGGGGGUACUUUUGGGGCUGGUCGUUGGUGGACGGGUAGUUGGGGGGGAUGUGGUAUUUUGGCGGUAUGGGGUCUGUUGGUGGUACGGGGAUUUUGGCUGUACGUGUACGUUGGGGUUGUUGGCUAGUACUGUGGUCUUUUGGCUUAUGUGGUAUUUUGGCUGGUACUGUGGCUUGUAUGUUGGCUGGUAUGUGGUACUGUGGCUGGUACUGUGGUACUGUUGGCUGGUACUGUGGUACUGUUGGCUGGGUACUGUCAGUACCACAGUACCAGCCAACAGUACCACAGUACCAGCCAACAGUACAAGCCAACAGUACCAGCCAAACCAGGACUACCGGGCAUGAUGACACCUUGCUGUCCCCAGUCCGCCUGGCCUUGCUGCUAUUCCAGUUUCAACUGUUCUGCCUGCGGCUACGAAACCCAUACCUGUCCCAGACCUGAUGUUUCAACUCUUAAUGAUCGGCUAUGAAAAGCCAACUGAGAGACCUGAGCCCUAGGACCAUACGUCGGGACUACCGGCCGUGGUGACUCCUUGCUGUCCCCAGUCCGCUGGCCUUGCUGCUAUUCCAGUUUCAACUGUUCUGCCUGCGGUUUAUGGAACCCCUACCUGUCCCAGACCUGCUGUUUUCAACUCUUAAUGAUCGGCUAUGAAAAGCCAACUGAGAUUUAUUCCUGAUUAUUAUUUGACCAUGCUUGUCACUUAUGAACAUUUUUGAACAUCUUGGCAUGGUUCUUUAUAAUCUCCACCGGCACAGCCAGAAGGGGAAAGGCCCCCCCUUUAGCCGGUUCCCUCUAGGUUUUUCCCUAGGUUUUUCGCCUUUCUGGGGAUUUUUUUUCAGCCACCGGCUUCUACACCUCAUUACUAGCUUUUUGGGGUUUAGGCUGGGUUUCUGAAACGCACUUGAGAUAUUAGUGAUGUAAAAGGUAUAUAAAAAAAAUUGUUUGUUUGUUUGAAUGUCUGUGGUCUGUUGGCUAUACUGGGGUACUUUUGGCUAGUAUGUUGUACUUUGGUAGUUUUGGGGUACUGUUGGCUGGUACUGUGGUAUUUUGGGGGUACGUGGUACUUUUGGCUGUACUGUGGUAUUUUUGGUGGUAUGUGGUACUUUUGGGGGUCUGUGGACUUUUUGGGGGGGGACUGGGUACUUUUGGGCUGUGGAGUUGGGGGGUAAUUGGUAUUUGGGGACGGGGGGGUUUGCGGUAGGGGUACUGUUGGGGGGUUAGGGUUUUUUGCUGGAUUUUUGGAUGGGUGGAUGUGGUAGUUGGGGGUUUUACUGGGGGUACUGUGGUGGUAGUUGGCUUUACUGUUGGCUAGUACGUGGAGUUGCUGGUACGUGGUACUGUGAGGGUAUGUGGUUUUUGCUUCUUUUGGUGGUACGUGGUAUUUUUGCUAGUCUUUGGUCUUUGGGGGUAUGUGGUUUGUAUGUUGGCUAGAUGGGGACUUUUUGGUUGUACUUUUGGGGGUACUGGGUACUGUUGGGGGGUCUGUGGCGGGUACGGGGGUCUGUUGGCGGGUCUGUGUCUUUGGCUGGAUUUUGGGCUUGUACUGUUGGCGGUACUGGGUAUGUUGGCUGGUAGGGGGGUACUGUUGGUGGUACUUGGUACUGUUUUUACUGUGGUACUGUUGGCUGGUACGGGGGUUGGUUUUGGGCUAAUGUGGUUUUUGAAGGGUAUGUGGAGUUGGCAGUACUGGGGGAAAUGUUGGCGGUAUUGGUACUUUUUGGGGGUUAUUUGGUGGACUGUGUACUUUUUUGCGGGUACGGGGUAUUUUGGGCUGGUACUGGGGUACUGUUUGCUGGUACUGUGGUAGUUGGGGGUACGUGGUACUUUUGGCUGGUAUGUGGUAUGUUGGUGGUACUGGGUCUGUUGGUGGAUGUGGUACUGUUGGCUAGUACUGGGGUGUUGGCUGGAUGUGGUACUUGACUGGUACGGGGUACUUUUGAUAUAGUGGUAUUUUACUGGUACUGGGGGUACUGUUGACGGGUAUGUGGUACUGUUGGCUGGACUGUGGUACUGUGGCGGGUAUUUUGGUGUACGUUGGGGGUAUGUUGAGGGACGGGAUGUGGCUGGUACUUUUGGCUUUACUUUGGCUAGUACUGUGGUAUUUUGGGCUGGUCUUGGUACUGUUGAGGUAGGGGUACUGUUGACUAACUGUGGUACUGUUGAGGGUCUGUGGUAUUUUGGGCUGGUAUUGGUAUUUUGGGUGUAGGGGUACGUUGGGGGUACUGUGGUAGUGGGGUAUGGGGUUUAGGGUUGGGGGACUUGGUGGUAUGUGGACUUUUGGGGUAUGUUGGUGGUAGGGGGGUGGGGCGGGUACUGGGGGAAGGGGGGGUAUACUGUGGUACUGUUGGAGUAUUUUACUUUGGCUGGUACUGGGUAUUUGGUGGAUGUGUAUUUUGGGUUCUGUGGUAGUUGGGGGUACUUGGUACUGUUUCCCCCCCUAGGGGGGUACUUUUUGCUUUUUUCCUGACAGUAGAGCAUUUGGUGUUUUCAUAAAUGCCUGGAGUUAUUUUGCUCAUGGUUUUUAUUUUCGCUUAUUUUCGCCUCUUUUGUCCUAUAACCACAUUUUUGAACUGGUGAAAAGGUUGUGAAAAACUUCCGAUCCAGCACAGUACAGUACAAUUUUGGUUGCCACGAUAGUGUGAAAAGUACCUUUAACUUUUGUUCAUUGUUCUUGGGAUUUUUCCUUAGGGGUGGAGUCUUUUAACGGGAAAACCAUGAGCUGUACAAACCAGACGGGGUCCCGUCCCCAGCUUCGACUCCCCUCUUACAUGUUGUGUUUUUUGCCCAGCCGUUUACUCCUGGUGUUCACCCCCCAAACCCGAAGACCUGGCCCACUUUCUGGUAGCCAACCUGGCCAUGUGUAUAGCUGGUCCUAUCUACUUUAUGCUUCACGGUAGGUAUGCAGGACAUCUAUUGGGCCGGGUAGUACGCAGCAUAUCUCUGUUUAUGGAUGUACCACCUUUUGCUUCAGGUAUGAUGCGGAUAUCUACUGCUCAUGGUAGGUACUGCAGCACUAUCCUGCUUCUGGUAUGUACUGCAGCAUAUCUUUCUGCUUACGGUAGUAUGCGGAUACUACUGCUUCAGGGAGUAGCACAAUCUCUGCUUCUGGGGUACUGCAGGACUAUCUACUGCUUCAGGGUGGUACUGCAGACUAUUAUGCUUCAUGGUUUACUGCAACAUUACUGCUUAUGGUAUGUACGCAGCACAUCCGCUUCAGGGUAGUACGCAGGGCAUCUCUGUUCAUGGUAGGUACGCACACUAUUACGCUUCAGGUAGGGACGCAGGACUAUCUACUGCUUCAUGGUAGGUACUUUCAGCACUAUUAUGCUAUGGGAGGUAGCAGGACCCUCACUGCUUGGGAGGUAUGCAGGGCAUCUACUGUUCAUGGUAUGUCUGAGGACUAUCAUGCUUUAGGUAGGACUGCAGCACUAUUACUGCUUCAUGUAGGUACGAGGACAACUAGGUUUAUGGUAGGUCGGAGACUAUCACGCUUUCCCGGUGGUAUGCGCACUACUAUGCUUCAUGGUAGGUAGCAGCACUAUCACUUUCAUGGUACGUACUGCGGGCUAUCUAAACUUCACGGAGGUACUGCAGCAUACUAUGUUCACGGGAGGUAAUGAGGACUAUUCUGUUGGGAGGUACUGGUUUUUUGGGGGUUUUACUUUUGUUCCUUUUUUUUCUUUUUUUUUUUUUUUUGUUUUUUUUUUUCAAAACCUUUUGGUAGGGUGCACUAUGAAUGCACCCCAGGACCCAUGGCCCAGGGUAUCCCUUUUUAUCAGCUGAAUCACAAUCAAUACAUAAUACAGUUGAAGUCAGAAGUUUAGGUACACCUUAGCCAAAUACAUUUUAAACAAAUACAUUUCACAAUUCCUGACAUUUAAUCCUAGUAUAAAUUCCCUGUUUUAGGUCAGUUAGGAUCACCACUUUAUUUUAAGAAUGUGAACUGUCAGAAUAAUAGUAGAGAGAAUGAUUUAUUUCAGCUUUUAUUUCUUUCAUCACAUUCCCAGUGGGUCAGAAGUUUACAUACACUCAUUAGUAUUUGGUAGCAUUGCCUUUAAAUUGAUUAACUUGGGUCAAACGCUUCGGGUAGCCUUCCACAAGCUUCCCACAAUAAGUUGGGUGAAUUUUGGCCCAUUCCUCCUGACAGAGCUGGUGUAACUGAGUCAGGUUUGUAGGCCUCCUUGCUCGCACACACUUUUUCAGUUCUGCCCACAAAUGUUCUAUAGGAUUGAGGUCAGGGCUUUGUGAUGGCCACUCCAAUACCUUGACUUUGUUGUCCUUAAGCCAUUUUGCCACAACUUUGGAACAAUGCUUGGGGUCAUUGUCCAUUUGGAAGACCCAUUUGCGACCAAGCUUUAACUUCCUGACUGAUGUCUUGAGAUGUUGCUUCAAUAUAUCCAGAUAAUUGUCCUUCCUCAUGAUGCCAUCUAUUUUGUGAAGUCCACCAGUCCCUCCUGCAGCAAAGCACCCCCACAGCAUGAUGCUGCCACCCCCGUGCUUCACGGUUGGGAUGGUGUUCUUCGGCUUGCAAGCAACCCCCUUUUUCCUCCAAACAUAACGAUGGUCAUUAUGGCCAAACAGUUCUAUUUUUGUUUCAUCAGACCAGAGGACAUUUCUCCAAAAAGUACGAUCUUUGUCCCCAUGUGCAGUUGCAAACCGUAGUCUGGCUUUUUUAUGGCGGUUUUGGAGCAGUGGCUUCUUCCUUGCUGAUCGGCCUUUCAGGUUAUGUCGAUAUAGGACUCGUUUUAGUGUGGAUAUAGAUACUUUUGUACCUGUUUCCUCCAGCAUCUUCACAAGGUCCUUUGCUGUUGUUCUGGGAUUGAUUUGCACUUUUCGCACCAAAGUACGUUCAUCUCUAGGAGACAGAACACGUCUCCUUCCUGAGAGGUAUGACGGCUGCGUGGUCCCAUGGUGUUUAUACUUGCGUACUAUUGUUUGUACAGAUGAACGUGGUACCUUCAGGCAUUUGGAUAUUUUGGAUGAACCAGACUUGUGGAGGUCUACCAUUUUUUUUUCUGAGGUCUUGGCUGAUUUCUUUUGAUUUUCCCAUGAUGUCAAGCAAAGAGGCACUGAGUUUGAAGGUAGGCCUUGAAAUACAUCCACAGGUACACCUCCAAUUGACUCAAAUGAUGUCAAUUAGCCUAUCAGAAGCUUCUAAAGCCAUGACAUCAUUUUCUGGAAUUUUACAAGCUGUUUAAAGGCACAGUCAACUUAGUGUAUGUAAACUUCUGACCCACUGGAAUUGUGAUACAGUGAAAUAAUCUGUCUGAAAACAAUUGUUGGAAAAAUGUAUUGUGUCAUGCACAAACUAGAUGUCCUGACCGACUUGCCAAAACUAUAUAGUUUGUUAACAAAAAAUGUGUGGAGUGGUUGAAAAAACUAGUUUUAAUGACUCCAACCUAAGUGUAUGUAAACUUCCGACUUCAACUGUACAUGCAUAGAUGCAGAGCUCCAAAAUAAAACAUCCAAUCAUUAAAAUAGUGGCGGCAGAUUCAAGACCUAGACUGGAGCAAAUCGAGUCCGAGUCAAGACCGGGAGGGGGGACGAGGGGUUCGAGAUCGAGUGAAGACCGGGAGGGGGGACGAGGGGUUCGAGAACGAGUGAAGACCGGGAGGGGGGACGAGGGGUUCGAGAACGAGUGAAGACCGGGAGGGGGGACGAGGGGUUCGAGAACGAGUGAAGACCGGGAGGGGGGACGAGGGGUUCGAGAACGAGUGAAGACCGGGAGGGGGGACGAGGGGUUCGAGAACGAGUGAAGCCCAAGACCAGAAAAAUGCGAGUCCAAUUCAAGACCAUGAUUGUGUCAAAUUGCCACCAUAAUAAGAAUUCAAAAUGUGUAGUAUUUCCGUGUUCAUAUUUCAGAAGAACAUAUUGAGUAAAAUUAGCAUUUGUCAAGCUAAUCUUAUGCUAUUUUACACAUUUUGCCUUGAGGCUGAAAGAAUGUUAGUUUUUUAAAAGCUAAUUUCCUAUAAUAAUAAAUAAAAAAAACCAUACAUGGCUCAUGACGUGUUCAUAUUCUAUCUGGGCGGCCCGACCUCCAGGGGGACCCCCCCCCCCCCCAGAAACUACAAAAGUUGGGGGGCCCCCCGCCUUGGGGGAACUGCAGGGGUGUGUCCACCACAUCAACAAAACACCAAAUAAUGGUGUCACUUCCCUCCAAUAGAGAUCUAGACACUUGUAGAAUCUAAGGCCAAGGCGAAUUGAAGCUGUUCUGGUGGCUCGUGGUUGACCAGCGCCCUAUUAUGUUAUCUGCUAAUUAUGUUAACUGCUAAUUAUGUUAACUGCUAAUUAUUUUUAUUCAAUUGCAUUACUGUACUUGAGUUUCAACCAUUUUUUCUGUUUUGAUUUCCAGAACAUCCCAAAUCAUAUCAACCUGCCGAAGGUGGGUCAUGCCAAAGACUACCCUCUCUUCUUUGGAACGGCCAUCUUUGCAUUCGAGGGGAUAGGCGUGGUAAUGUAUUACUGUUCAUCUACACUUUCAACAAUACGCUACAAAACAUUAACAUGUAAUUGCAUGUUCAGAAUGACAUAAUUGCAUGUUAUUACAAUGUUACUACAGUUAGUACUGUGUCGUUUCAUAGGUAUAAAGUGUUACCUGAUGAUGAUCCUCUCCGUGUCUCAGGUCCUGCCCCUGGAGAAUAAGAUGCAGAUGCCUCAGAGUUUCAGUAGGGUUCUAUAUCUGGGAAUGGGCAUCGUCACCUUCCUCUACAUCAGCUUGGGGACCGUAGGGUACAUCACCUUUGGAGAGGCCAUAGGGGGAAGUGUCACCCUCAACCUACCCAACUGCUGGUGAGUUUUUCUUACAAUAUACUGAAGAGAUGGUGCUGUAUAGAAUCACAUAGAUACUGAAGAGAUGGUGCUGUAUAGAAUCACAUAGAUACUGAAGAGAUGGUGCUGUAUAGAAUCACAUAGACACUGAAGAGAUGGUGCACAUAGCAACAUAUAGGGAAAGGCACCAAUUCAAUGGCGCACUGAAGAUUGUUCCAGAACCGUGGACAGCUAUAUUUUUCAGCAUAGGGCUGAGUGACACUCAUUUGUGGCUUUCGUUCAAAAUAAGUUAUACUAUAAUGCAGGGUUGAAGACACAUUCUUUCUGAUAGUCUUUAGCAUACCCAGUCUCUCUCGCUACAGCUCAUUUCGUUUGAAUUAUUAUGUGGAUUAUAAUAAAUUGACAUUUUUAAUCAUGUCUGUGAUUAAUGAGUUUGAAAUGUAAAACUUUAGACGACUUAAGCCUUCAAUAUAUUGCAAGUUAGCCCAUUUUGGCCAUUAGGCUACACUUUAUAAUAGGACUCAACUCUGACUGACCGCAGCAUCUAUCUGUUGUCUAAACUGUGGCACAAAUUGGGGGAUUUUUCACACCUUGUGUGAAUGCUUCUGUCCGAGAGUCUCUCUCCUAUCGCACUAGAGUCCUGCAUCAGGCAAAAAAAUCAGCUGGCAGGUGGUCCUUGAGUUGAGAGAGAACUUUGGUAAAUACAAUGGCGCAAUUGCACUUGGAUGACGAUUUUCUGAAAAUAGGAUACUUGUGCCUUACAGUCCAUUACAUAAACAAAGAGUGGGUGCUCGUGGAGAGGGUGCUAUCCACCACGGAGUGGGACAGUUCCCAGCUCAAAAAAUUGAGAUAACAUAAGGCCAGCUACUGUGAAAGAAUACUUGUGGAUCUAUCGCUUCAAUGAGGCCACACUCGCCUUGGAGGCAAGCAAACAACCUGCUCUUCACCUGGUAAUGGUGUGGUUCCAAAGGAUGAAGCGUCACCUACAGAUGGAUUUGUGGAGUCAAGAGAGAAGCCAGCUGGAACCUGCGACCAGGUGGAUGACAUCCCUUUUCCUGCACAGCAAUUUGAAGAAAUCGGAGUGAUGAAUGGACUGUUUUUGAAGUUACUGUUUUAGUAGCUUUAUUUGUUGGCUAAUAUUUGAAGGCUUUGUGAAAAUAUAAAUGUAUCGUUCUUAAUUCAUUGCAUGGUUUCUGUUUAGCCAAAUGUUGAAUACACAUGCAGGGAAAGGGGAAUAAAAGCCUGCUGUCAUGACAACAAUUAGGCUAAAUCGAUUUGUUAUUCUGUUGGGUAACGGAUCGGCUCUCGGAACUCAUAAGAGGCGCCUUUCCUUCUUCAAUAUAAUCAUUUAUUCAGAAGGUUAAACCCAUAGGUCUUAGGCCCGCAGUAAAUUUAAAUUAGAUUACCAUUUACAUUUUUCAUUAGGUUAUAAUAAUCCAUGCCUUCUGGGAAUGUUAUAAAGUCCAAAAGUUAUGGGUGUAGUUUGAAAGUUGGCUGUCAGAAGUUUUACAAUGGACAUUUUUUAAUCUGUCAGCAUAUUUCAAGACAUGGUAUAUGAGGGUGAAGUGAGAUACCCGAUGGGUUGGAUAAUACUUUUCUUGUCAAUCAUCUUAAAAAAACAUAUACUUAAACUUGAAAUCAACCAAUCCUCCAUCAUUAACACAAUGAAAAGGUAAAAUGCUAUAUUAUCUAAAUGUUGAAAGUGCAUGGGCGACAGAGAGAAACAACGGUGCAGUUUGAGUCCAUGUGGCAGAAAGUGAUGCGGGCGCUGGAGAUGGGGGUGUGAGCAGGUGUGAUGUACAGUUGAAGUCGGAAGUUUACAUACACUUAGGUUGGAGUCAUUAAAACUCGUUUUUUCAACCACUCCACACAUUUCUUGUUAACAAACUAUAGUUUUGGCUACUUUGUGCAUGACACAAGUAAUUUUUACAACAAUUGUUUACAAAUUAUUUCACUUAUAAUUCACUGUAUCAAAAUUCCAGUGGGUCAGAAGUUUACAUACACUAAGUUGACUGUGCCUUUUUAAACAGCUUGGAAAAUUCCAGAAAAUGGCAUGGCUUUAGAAGCUUCUGAUAGGCUAAUUGACAUAAUUUGAGUCAAUUGGAGGUGUACCUGUGGAUGUAUUUCAAGGCCUACCUUCAAACUCAGUGCCUCUUUGCUUGACAUCAUGGGAAAAUCAAAAGAAAUCAGCCAAGACCUCAGAAAGAAAAAUUGUAGACCUCCACAAGUCUGGUUCAUCCUUGGGAGCAAUUUCCAAAUGCCUGAAGGCACCAUGUUCAUCUGUACAAACAAUAAUACGCAAGUAUAAACACCAUGGGACAACGCAGACGUCAUACCGCUCAGGAAGGAGACCCUUUCUGUCUCCUGGAGAUGAACGUAGUUUGGUGCGAAAAGUGCAAAUCAAUCCCAGAACAACAGCAAAGGAACUUGUGAAGAUGCUGGAGGAAACCGGUACAAAAGUAUCUAUAUCCACAGUAAAAACAAGUCCUAUAUCGACAUAACCUGAAAGGCCGCUCAGCAAGGAAGAAGCCACUGCUCCAAAACCGCCAUAAAAAAGCCAGACUACGGUUUGCAACUGCACAUGGGGACAAAGAUCGUACUUUUUGGAGAAAUGUCCUCUGGUCUGAUGAAACAAUAAUAUAACUCUUUGGCCAUAAUGACCAUCGUUAUGUUUGGAGGAAAAAGGGGGUUGCUUGCAAGCUGAAGAACACCAUUCAAACCGUGAAGCAUGGGGGUGGCAGCAUCAUGCUGUGGGGGUGCUUUGCUGCAGGAGGGGCUGGUGCACUUCACAAAAUAGAUGGCAUCAUGAGGAAGGACAAUUAUCUGGAUAUAUUGAAGCAACAUCUCAAAACAUCAGUCAGGAAGUUAAAGCUUGGUCGCAAAUGGGUCUUCCAAAUGGACAAUGACCCCAAGCAUACUUCCAAAGUUGUGGCAAAAUGGCUUAAGGACAACAAAGUCAAGGUAUUGGAGACCUCAAUCCUAUAGAACAUUUGUGGGCAGAACUGAAAAAGUGUGUGCGAGCAAGUAGGCCUACAAACCUGACUCAGUUACACCAGCUCUGUCAGGAGGAAUGGGCCAAAAUUCACCCAACUUAUUGUGGGAAGCUUGUGGAAGGCUACCCGAAGCGUUUGACCCAAGUUAAACAAUUUAAAGGCAAUGCUACCAAAUACUAAUUGAGUGUAUGUAAACUUCUGACCCACUGGGAAUGUGAUGAAAGAAAUAAAAGCUGAAAUAAAUAAUUCUCUCUACUAUUAUUCUGACAUUUCACAUUCUUAAAAUAAAGUGGUGAUCCUAACUGACAUAAGACAGGGAAUAUUUACUAGGAUUAAAUGUCAGGAAUUGUUAAACUGAGUUUAAAUGUAGUUGGCUAAGGUGUAUGAAAACUUCCGACUUCAACUGUAGUUGAUGUUUGUCUGAUGUCAUUUGUAUGCAUGUUUUGUAUUGUCCCCCAAAAAAUAUAGUGAAAAAAAAAACAUUGGAAAUAUUACAGCUCACAACACAAAUCUGAUUAUUCAUUAUGAAUAGGAUUUAUUUGAUUUAUUUCAUUUACAUUCUUCAUUGUAUAACCACGGUGUCACAAAUAAUUGAACACACACACAGACGCACAACAUGAGCAGAUUAACUUGGUCAAAACAUGUCUUUCUUAAAGACGAUCAGAAAGAAUGUUGGUACUUAUUUAUUUUGAUCCAAAGCCACGAAUGAGUGAGUCACUCAGCUUUAUGCUGACACAUAUAGCUUUAUGCUGCAAAAUAGCCUACUAAAUAGGCCAAGCCUAAACAAAUACAUAAAAUUGCCUAAGUAAACUAGUACAUUUAAUAAAUAAAUUAAAAGUAAAUUAAAUAGCUCAGGUUUUGAAAAUAUGGGCAACCUUUUUCUGUCCGUGUCCAUUCAGUUUCUUCUUCACAUUACAUUAAUAUUUAGUCAUUUAGCAGAUUUACAUUUACGUCAUUUAGUAGACGCUCUUAUCCAGAGCGACUAACAGGAGCAAUUAGGGUUAAGUGCCUUGCUCAAGGGCACAUAGACAGAUUUUUCACCUAGUCGGCUCGGGGAUUAGAACCAGCGACCUUUCGGUUACUGGCACAACGCUCUUAACCACUAAGCUACCUGCCGCCCUCGCAUCAGCAAAGAAGGACUCCAUGUUUCAGAAACUCACUUUUUGAUAUAGAGGUGCUAUCAGUUUUUCCACCCUGGUAAAUAAAGCCAGUUUGACAUUUAGAAUUCUUUCUAUUUUUUUUUUUUUCAUGGGAGAGAAACCAAAAGCAUAAUCAGCAUUCUAACGCCCCCUUGUGAUAGUGUGGUGCAAUGACGCAAUUUACCACAAUCUGCCACCAUCUACCACCAAGUGUAGCGGCAUAAGCUCAGAACUUUUUAAUUGAGGAACCACUGUAUUAUUACUGAUUUACUCAUUAAUUAAUAUAAUGAAGUGUCUCUCCUCAGGAACUUGAAAUUCAGUCAUCAAUAAGACUUAAACCAAUUGUGGUUGUGUGUCUGCCUUUACUUUGACUUUAACCUCUCCUCUCCUCUCCUCGUCUCUGUCUCUGUCUCUGUCUCUCUCUGUCUCUAGGAUGUAUCAGAUUGUAAAGCUGCUCUACUGUUUCGGUAUCUACAUCACCUUUGCCCUUCAGUUCUAUGUGCCAGCUGAGAUCCUGAUUCCUCCGGUGGUAUCCCGCGUCUCAGAGAGAUGGGAACUGCCGGUUGAUCUCCUGAUCCGCACUGCGCUCGUCAUCUUCACCUGUGAGUAUGACGUCUGUCUUUCUGUCUGAAGCCCCCAGGGUAUGUCUACCAUCCCCAGUGUAUUCCAUCUGGCUAGGGUCUACUCUGAAAACAUCACUUCACCUGUGAGUCUCAAGCCCCUAGGCCGGGGGUAGGCAGGCCGAUUUUUGUCGGAGGUGAUUGUCGGGGGGGCUGAAAUUAAUUAUAAUAAUUUGUACACUGCAAAUUGACCACAACUAAGCCCAAUAAGAGAUUGGCGACCCCUGCCUGUUGCCAACCCCCGCCCUAGUCAGUGGGACAUCCCUUGGCAUGUCACCAAUGUAGCGGACCUGGGUUCAAAUUGUAUCUGAUGUCACCUGUGAGCCUGUCUGUCUGUCUAGAGCCCCCAGGCAGUGUUUCCUGUGAGCCUGUCUGUCUGUCUAGAGCCCCCAGGCAGUGUUUCCUGUGAGCCUGUCUGUCUGUCUAGAGCCCCCAGGCAGUGUCUCCUGUGAGCCUGUCUGUCUGUCUAGAGCCCCCAGGCAGUGUUUCCUGUGAGCCUGUCUGUCUGUCUAGAGCCCCAGUGUCUCCUGUGAGCCUGUCUGUCUGUCUAGAGCCCCCAGACAGUGUUUCCUGUGAGCCUGUCUGUCUGUCUAGAGCCCCCAGGCAGUGUCUCCUGUGAGCCUGUCUGUCUGUCUGUCUAGAGCCCCCAGACAGUGUUUCCUGUGAGCCUGUCUGUCUGUCUAGAGCCCCAGUGUCUCCUGUGAGCCUGUCUGUCUGUCUAGAGCCCCCAGGCAGUGUUUCCUGUGAGCCUGUCUGUCUGUCUAGAGCCCCCAGGCAGUGUUUCCUGUGAGCCUGUCUGUCUGUCUAGAGCCCCCAGACAGUGUUUCCUGUGAGCCUGUCUGUCUGUCUGUCUAGAGCCCCCAGACAGUGUUUCCUGUGAGCCUGUCUGUCUGUCUAGAGCCCCCAGGCAGUGUCUCCUGACAGGUGA